AUGGAUGAUUUUUGCAUAUCGUUUAAUUUGUAUGGUGAAUAUGGCAAUUUUGAGAAAUGGGCCCAGGCACAAGACGAAAUAGAAGACUUGGAGAAGACGUUGAAUGACAAAAAGCGGCACAAAGAAUUAACACCGACAGAGCUAGAUAAGAUCGAAGACGACAAAGAUGAGGUCAAUACGAAAAAGACAACUAAAUGGGCAGUUAACACUUUCAGUGACUUUUUGCGCCAAAGACAGAAAAAUUUUGAUUUCGAGACCUGCUCUGCUUCUCUUUUAAAUGAGACAUUGCGGGAGUUUUAUGCCUCUGUUCAGUCUACCGCUGGACGCGAAUACAGUGUUGCAAGUUUGAUGUGUCUCAGAGCAGGUAUAAACCGUCACAUUACAAAAUACAACAUCGUAAGUGAUAAAGACUUCAAGUCAAGCAAUGCCUUCUUUAAAUCAGUUUUAAAGCGCUACAGGAAAAAUGGAAAAGACACCAGCGUUCAUCAUCCGCGUAUUACUGAGUCUGACUUGGAGAAAAUUAGAAAUGCACCUGCACUCUCCCCUUUCACACCCACAGGACUUAACAAUACAUCAUGGAAACCAGAAUCCUGUACAGACUGUACCUGCUACAACGGUAUUGUCAUCUGCAAACCCACUCGCUGCCGGAAUCCCCAGUGUGACUUUCAGAGAGGUGAACGCUUGAGAAUCCCACCAAACAAAUGUUGUCCAGAAUGUGUUGCACAGUUGCCUGGCACAUGCCAACACGAGGGAGUGGUUUAUGGGCAUGACAGUCAAUGGAGUAAUUCCAAAUGUUCAGUGUGUACAUGUUCUCUCGGGAUGGUGGCCUGUGGGCCACGUGCUUGUCCACCUCUCAGCUGUAGGAGAGACCAAAGUCCCUUAAUACCAGAUGGAGAUUGCUGCCCAAUAUGUGCUCAGAAUGGAGCCUCUUGCUCCUGGGAAGGCCGUGAGUAUAGAGAUGGAGUGGAUUGGACACCCAGCCCCUGUACAAAGUGUCGAUGCAUAAAUGGUCAGACUGACUGCUUGGUUGCAGAGUGUCAGCCUGUUACAUGCAAAGCGAAUGAGGAACUGGUGGUUCAGCCGGGACUGUGCUGUCCUCAAUGUGAGCAGAAUCCAUGUAUGGAAGCCGGGAAUGAGUAUAAACAUGGUGUGCAGUGGCAAAGGGGCAGCUGUACCACCUGUGUGUGUGAUCGUGGUCACUCUCGCUGUUACACGGAGAAGUGCCCUCCCCUCCACUGUGACAAGGGUCAGACAAAGGUCAAGAGAGCUGGCCAGUGCUGUGAAGACUGUGUCACGUCUAAAGGCAGCUGCCUCUAUGAGGGCGCCCUCCGUUACCAUGGUGAUAUGUGGAACGCCACAGGUUGUGAGUUCUGCAUGUGUGAACGGGGACAGGUGCUGUGCCAACGUGUUGAGUGCGCCAGAUUGGAGUGCCCACAGGGAGAAAAACUAGUCCAUUUGCCAGGGAAGUGCUGCCCAGAGUGUAAAACAACAACCAGUUUCUGUAUGUAUGCACAGCCAGACCAAAAGGGACAGAAAUCCAAUGUCAAGAGCUUUAGACGCCUUUCUAAUCUGCAGAGUGUAAGAGAGGGGCCAUGUCAUGAGUGUCAGUGUCAGGAUGGCCAUGUGACCUGUUACCAGCACUCCUGUCCCACUUGUCCAUUGGGCAGCCUCUCUAUACCUCACAGUGGGCAAUGCUGUCCAGAGUGCAAUCCAGCAGUCCAGUGUCAUCAGGACUGUUUAACGUGCUCUGGAACAGCAAAUCACUGCAGCAGCUGUAAGGACCCCUCUGCUCUGCUGAUGAAUGGACGCUGUCUGCAGGCCUGUCCUGAAGGCUUUUUUGCUCAGGGGAAAGAUUGUGCAGCCUGUCAACUGUCAUGUGCCACCUGUGAGAAUGACUUUGAAUGCACAGCAUGUGGUGGGUCCUUUCUCCUCAGUGGCAUGCAAUGUGUGACCACCUGUGAGAGCGGUCUGUUCCAGGACCGCACACGCUGUCUCAGUUGUCAUGAAUCAUGUUCUUCAUGCCAGGGGGCAGGGCCUCAGGAUUGUUUGACAUGCUCCGAGCCCUCCCACUUACUGAAGAAUGGUUUCUGUGUGAUGGACUGUGGCCGUGGCUUCUAUGCUAGUCAAGGCAGUUGUUAUGCUUGUGACCCUUCCUGUGCAACCUGUCAAUCUGACAACCCCAGCUGCAUGAGCUGCCCCCAUGAAUAUGCUCUCCAUCAUGGGAAAUGUAUACCACAAUGUCCACCACAGCAUUACAAGGACAACCAUGGCCGUUGCCAAGCCUGCCACAGUUUAUGUGCAUCCUGCUCAGGACCCUCUGUGUCUCAGUGCACCACCUGCUCAAGAUCUCUCAUCCUGAACCAGGGCCAGUGUAUGGAUUCCUGUGGAGAGGGGCUGUUCUCCAGGGAUGGACAGUGUCACAGAUGUCAUGCAUCCUGCAGGGCUUGUAUGGGUCCCGAUUCCUCAGACUGCCUGCGGUGUGUCAAACAGGAAGAAGUUCUGCAGCCUCAGAGUGGACAUGUCUCUCACGGGUCCUGUAUGUCUGCUUGCAGGCCACAGCAUCACCUUGACACAGAUCACACUUGCAGAGAGUGUCACACCUCAUGUUCAGACUGCACAGGAGGAAGUUUUCAGAACUGUACUUCCUGUAUGCAGCCUAAUGUUCUUCACCAAGGACAGUGUCUCAAUAAGUGCCCCCAUGGCUUUCAUGCUCAGGACAGCACCUGCCUAUCCUGUAAUCCAUCAUGUAAGGAGUGCACGGGCCCCUCUCAGGCUGACUGUCAUGCCUGUCCGGCCCAUGCCAGUCUCCAUAAUGGAUACUGUCGAACCAGCUGUCCUGAGGGCCAGUACCUGAACGCUGUGGGCUACUGCAGUGAGUGUGAGGAGGGAUGUCAGCGGUGUGUGGCAGAUCUGAAGACUGGCUUUGGCACAGUGUGUUUGUGGUGUAAGGUUCCCAGGAUGUUACUGCUUGGAGAUUACUGUGUACCGCAGUGCCCACCCAGACACUACCGGUGGCAUGGAGCCUGCAAAAAAUGUCACUUUUCCUGUGCGGAGUGCAGUGGUGAUGGACCUCUCUCCUGUACUUCUUGUUUGGCCCCUGCUGUUCUGGCCCCAUCAGGUCUCUGCAGCCCUCGCUGUCCAACUGGAUACUAUGCUGAUAGAAACAGUGUGUGCCAAAUGUGUGACAGCCAAUGUCUGAGCUGUGAGAUGUCUGGAGUGUGCACAUCCUGUAGAAACCCAGCUAAAGUGCUUCUCUUUGGGGAGUGUCAGUAUGAGAGCUGUGCUCAUCAGUACUACCUCAACACCACAACACGCACAUGCAGAGAGUGUGACUGGAGCUGUAACGCAUGCCGCGGGCCCCUGCGCAGUGACUGUCUGCAGUGCAUGGAGGGAUACGUCCUGCAGGAUGACAUUUGUGUGCCAAGCUGCUCCCCAGGAUUCUACCAAAAUACUGAAAGAUGCCUGAGCUGUGAAGAACACUGUGAGCAGUGCCAUGCCCAUGACCAAUGCCUACAGUGCCAGCUGCCAUAUGCCACGCUGAACGGGCACUGUGUACUGGAAUGUGGCAAACAUCACUUUCUAGAUGACUCCACCCGUCAGUGCACUGCAUGCUCAGCUGGUUGUUUGCAGUGUGUAAGUGUAGGUGAGUGUCGCGUCUGCACUGAGAAUCUUUUCCUGAAGGAUGGCCGAUGCAUCCCGGAAUGUGGUCAUGGAUAUUAUGGUGAUCGAAAAACAAGAGCCUGCCAUGCAAACAGCCGUGCUCCAUCACUCUACAUCAAUGGCUCUCUGCUGGUUCCUAUUGGUGGAGUUAAGCCUCUGGAUCAGGCGCUCCUGUCAAUCAAGGAUGCAGACAGCCAAUCAGAGAGCAUGGUGCUCCAGCUCCUUCAACCGCCCAAUAAUGGCCACCUUGUGAUCCUCGAGAAUGAAAGAGCGAGGACACUGGCCAGAGAAGACAUUUUCACCUUCACUCAGCUCAAACGUAGAGCUGUGCGCUUCAUUCACGACAAAGAGCAGACCAAAAGUGGGCAGUUCACUUUAAUGGCAGCAGAUCCUCAGCUGUUCUCUCAGCCACAGACUGUUCCUGUGCAAGCCAUCUCCCAGCAGCCCCCUACUGUGAUCACCAACCAACUCUUAAACAUGAACCCUGGCGAGACAGCUGUCAUCAGCAGGUCCAGUCUUUACAUUAAUGACCCUGAUAACCCACAGGACGUUUUCAUUACGGUUCUGGAUCCACCUCAAUAUGGCCACCUGACAAGAGUACAUAGCGAUAUGCCGGUAACCCAUUUUAAGCUGGAGGAGCUAGACCGUGAGCAGCUGCAGUAUGCUCAUGAUGGUUCAAAAGGAGAGCAGGACAGACUUCUGCUGCAGAUCAAUGAUGGAAACAGCUACCAGAACGUUUUGUUUCGCAUCAGCAUUGCACAAAAGGUUGGACUGACUGCUCAUCUGCGCUCAGUGCCCAAAACCUGGGUGAGGGAGGGAGGAAUGAUGCAGCUGUCUAAGAAGUGUCUCAAUGCUCAGUUCAAAGGAACUAGUGACUCUGAAAUCCUGUACACCAUCCACUCCGAGAAUGGGCUGCCCAAAUACGGAGAGAUUGUGUUGGUUUCUAUGCCCGCUGAUGGACCAGUGGAGGCGUGGUCAUUCCCAGAUGACCAGGACACUACGCCCACCAGCUCAUUUACACAGCAGGAUAUCAAUGAGGGAACUGUCUGGUACAGACAUUACGGAUCCGGAGCUCUGAGAGACACUUUUCAGUUUCAGGUUUCAAGUGGGGUGCAUCCAGAGAGUCUGAGUGAUAAGCAGACCUUCACUAUAGGAGUGAUGCCGCAGACCCCUGGCAUGCCUCAGCUCUCACCUGGAGCUGACCUGCAGAUCACUGCACUGGAAGAUCGUGUGACUGUAAUAUCUCCUUCUGCUCUCUCCUUCACUGACUCUGAGACGCCCAGCGACAAGCUUGUCUACAACAUCACCAAGCCGCUCACCUCAGGCCAUGGUGUGGUAGAGCACAAGGACAGACCAUACCAUCAUGUGCGUCUCUUCACCCAGGCUGAUGUCAACAGUGGCAAAAUUAUCUUCAGGCCCCCACAAGCCCCCUCCCAUCUUCAGGAGCUCUAUCAGUACACUUUUACAGGUCUACCUGAGUCAGUGAGCCUCCAUUUCACAGUGUCUGAUGGAGAGCACACCACACCAGAGAUGGACUUUGCUAUCCUGCUGCUGGCCAAUGAUCAGCAGCCACCAGUCUUUCAGAUUCUGGAUCCGGUGCUGGAGGUCAGCAUUGGAGGCAGGGCACCAGUGGGUGGUCACCACUUAGCGGUGACAGAUGCUGACACAGCCCCUGAUGAACUGGAGUUUGAGCUGGUAGAGGGACCCCAACAUGGCACGCUCCUGAGAGUGGACCUUGGGUCCCAGAUCCAGAUGGUCAAUGGAGACACCUUCACCUUCAGUGACAUCACCAGGAACAUUCUGCAGUAUGAGCAUGCCGGUCUCACCAUUGAGGAGGACUCCAUGACCUUCUCUGUGACAGAUGGGAUCUCCAUGACUUCCAUCACGGUGCAGGUCUUGGUGUCAGAGGUCAAAGGUGCCACGCCCAGACGUGACCCUAAGGCCUUGCAGUCCAUGGAAGUGGCAGAGAAGAGCAGCACCAUCAUCAGAAGAUCAUACUUAGCUUAUCUGGAUGAUGAAUCUCCAGAUGAGAGCAUCUUUGUGCAGUUAGUAUCUGUGCCAAUGUAUGGAAUCCUCACGAAAACCAAAUUUGAAACAGACCAUGAGGAACUCAAUGAAUAUUCUUCCUUUACAAUGGCAGACAUCAACAACCAUAAAAUCAGGUACGUUACAUCCAUUGAAACUGGGAACCAACCCGUCUCCGACAUUUUCCACUUCAUCGUUUAUGAUGGUGAAAACAAUAGAUUGGAGAAUCAGAUGUUUACUAUCACCAUCACAGAUGCACCGAGGCCGCCACCCAUCGUCACCAUCCGCAGUGGCAUCAAGGUCCAGGAGGGAGGCAGAGUCCAGCUCUCAGCCAAUCACAUUAUUGCAUCUGACCCAGACACGCCAAGAAAGGAUCUGCUGGUGUGGCUGAUCAGCCCACCUAAAUAUGGCUUCAUUGAGAACACUAAACAAGCAGAGGGAACCAUCGGUGGAUCUCGUGUGAUCAGCCCUGAUGUCCCCUUUACUAUAGAGGAUCUGACAUCAGACCAGAUCUUCUAUGUCCAAAACAUUCACCCGCCCAACGUCCACCAGGAUGUAUUCGGUUUUUACAUCAGUGAUGGAUCAAAUCAAACAAAUGCUUUUGAUGUCACUAUAGACAUCCAGCAAACCAAGGAGGACAGUGUCCCAGUCAUUUCAGUAAACAGCAUCCAGGUGGAGCAGAACUCAGGUGUGGUCAUCACUAACUCCUCCCUGAAUGUGCUGGAUCAGGACACACCUGAGAAUGAGCUUUUCCUCACCAUCAUCAAGAAACCUACAUAUGGGAAGCUACGCAGAAGACAGUUCUACUCGCAGCCUUUAGAGAAUGGCAAGAUCCUUCAGCAGGGAUCCACCUUCACAUACCAGGACGUUCUAGACGAGCUGCUGGUCUAUACUCCAAACGGGCAUAGUUCUGGGAGAGACGAGAUCCAGUUUUCAGUUACAGAUGGCAUAUACACUGAGACGGGCAGUCUAGAGUUCAGCAUGGAUAUUAGGAAGAGAGAAGGCCCUAGAGUCACUAUAAACAGAGGACUACAGAUUACAGCAGGUUCCUCAUCUAAGAUCACAGAGCAGCAUCUGAAAGGCACAGAUAUAGACUCAGAUAACCUUAAGCUGCAGUUCACACUCACUAAAGACCCGAGCAUGGGCUCUUUGCUGUUGAAUUCAGGCAGAAACAAGGCUCAAAUAUCUGUCAAAGGACCUGCCACCAGCUUCACCCAGGAUGACAUUAACAAAGGCUAUGUGGAAUACAUUCAUGAAAAGGGAGGGAGUGGAGGGAGCUUCUCUUUCAAGUUCAACCUGGAGGAUCUGGAGGGAAACCGAGUCAUUGACCAGUCUUUCUUCAUUAAUGUUCAGGAGGACAGACUCCCUCCCACAGUGGUGGUUAAUAAGGGUUUGGUUUUGGACGAGAAUUCUUUGAAGAAGAUAACAACUCUGCAGUUAUCUUCUACUGAUCAGGACAGUGAGCCAGGCGAACUCAUUUAUAGAAUCACCAAACAACCCCAGCUCGGCCAUCUAGAACAAUUCAACAAACCAGGAAAACACAUCAAUACGUUCACUCAGGCUGACCUGACCACUCGGAACAUUCAGUAUGUCCAUACCAGUGAAGAAGAGAUACACUCAGAUGACUUCACCUUCACUGUGUCUGACGGAGCUAAUGAGAUCUCACAGACAUUCUACAUCACGAUCCGACCAGUGGAUGACUCUCUGCCCGUGUUGCUGGUGCCAGGGAUGAGGGUUCAGGAGGGAGUGAGGAAGACUAUCACUGAGUUUGAGCUGAAAGCUACAGAUGCUGACACUGAGGAGGACUCUGUUACGUUUACUAUUGUUCAGGCUCCUCAUCAUGGUACCAUUGAGCGCACAAGUAAUAGUCAACAUUACCGUCAGACAAACACUUUCACUAUGGAUGACAUCUAUCAGAACCGCAUCAGUUACAACCAUGAUGGCAGUAACUCACUCAAAGACAGAUUCACCUUCACUGUCGGUGAUGGCACCAACAUGUUCUUUAUUAUUAAAGAGGAUGGAAAAGAGGUCGUUACAGCUGCUCCACAAAAGUUUAAAAUCGACAUUUUACCUGUUGAUGAUGGAACCCCUCGAAUUGUCACCAACCUAGGCUUGCAGUGGCUGGAGUACAUGGACAAUAAGGCCACCAAUCUGAUCUCCAAGAAAGAGCUCUUCACUAUUGAUCCAGACACUGAUGAUGGACAGCUGACUUAUGAAGUCACUACAGAACCGAAACAUGGUUACCUGGAGAGUAAACUCAAACCAGGCAAACCUAUCACCUCUUUCACGCAAGCUGACAUUAACCUGGGACUUAUCCGUUACGUUCUGAACGAGAACAUCGUUCAGAAGACUAUGGACAACUUCAAGUUCCUUGUGAAGGACAGCAAGCCCAACAUCGUCAGUGACAAUGUUUUCCACAUUCAGUGGUCCCUCAUCAGCUUUGAGCACAAGAGCUACAAUGUAAGUGAGAAAGAUGGAACUGUGUCAGUCACAGUAAAGAGGACUGGCAAUCUGAACCAAUAUGCCAUUGUGCUGUGCUGUACCGAACAGGGCACUGCAACCUCAACCUCCAGCAUGAGCUCUCUGCCUGGACAGCAGGAUUAUGUUGAAUAUGCAGGACAGGUUCAGUUUGAUGAAAGAGAAGACACUAAGGUUUGCACCAUCGUGAUCAAUGAUGACCGGGUCUUUGAGAACACAGAGAGCUUUAAUGUAGAGCUGAGUAUGCCGGUGUAUGCCCUGCUGGGAUCAGUGAACCGAGCUAAAGUUAAUAUCAAUGACACAGAGGAUGAGCCCACCUUGCAGUUCAAUAAGAAGUCCUACCAUGUCAACGAGAGCACAGGCUUCAUCUUUGCUCCUAUUGAGAGAAAAGGUGACACCAGCAGCACAGUCUCUGCUCUCUGCUAUACUGUGCCUAAAUCAGCCAGGGGUAGCAGCCUGCACGCUCUGGAGUCCGGUUCUGACUAUAAGACCCGCGGUAUGAGCAGUGAGAACCGCGUCAUCUUUGGUCCAGGAGUGAGCAUGUCUACAUGUGAUGUAAAGUUGAUUGAUGACAGUGAGUAUGAGCUCUCUGAGGAGUUUGAGCUGGUGCUUUCAGAUGCCUCAGAUAAUGCACGCAUGGGUGACGUCUCUGUGGUUAAAGUCAUCAUAGAUGGGCCAAAUGAUGCCUCAACUGUCUUCCUGGGCAAUGGCUCCUUCACCUUCAGUGAAGAUGCAGGCACCAUUGAAAUCCCUGUUCUGAGGCAGGGCAGUGACAUGUCCUCCGUGACCUCUGUGUGGUGUGCCACACGUCCUGCAGAACAGGAUUCAGCCACACCCGGGGUGGACUACAUUCCAAGUUCCAAAAAGGUGGAGUUUAAGCCAGGCAAGACUGAGGAGACAUGCAGUUUGACUAUAAUGGAUGACAUCCAGAAUCCUACCAUUGAAGGGAAAGAGUCCUUCAUUGUGUUUCUUAGCUCUCCCAGUGGAGCGGUACUCACUGAGCCAUAUGAAGCUUCUGUUUACAUCACUGACACCAGUCAAGACAUACCUAGCAUGCAGUUUGAGAAAUUGGCGUAUACAGUGAAGGAGAAAGAUGGCAUCCUGCAUAUCCCGAUUUUUAGGACAGGAGAUCUAAUGUACAAGUCUUCUGUCCGUUGUUUUACACGCACCAUGUCUGCUAUGGUGAUGGAUGACUUUGAGGAGAGGAGAAAUUCAGAAGAUUUCAGGAUCACCUUCCAAAAAGGGGAUAAGGUGAAAAAUUGUACAGUACUGAUUCAAGAUGACUCAGUGUUUGAGCCUGAAGAGGAGUUUCAGGUCCACCUUGGCAGCCCACAUGGUGACCACUGGAUUGGAGCCAUGACUGGAGUCAAUGACAUUGUUACUGUGACCAUCACAAAUGAUGAAGAUGCACCUACAAUUGAGUUUGAGCAAGCCUCAUACCAAGUUCGUGAGCCCCCUGGCCCAGAUGGAAUUGAGGUUUUGAACAUCAAGGUAAUUCGUAAAGGAGACCUUGACCGCACCUCCAAGAUCCGAUGCAGCACAAGAGAUGGAUCGGCCCAAUCAGGUGUGGACUAUAACCCCAGGAGUCGAGUCCUCAAGUUCACCCCUGGUGUGGACCACAUCCUCUUUAAGGUAGAGAUCCUUUCCAAUGAGGACAGAGAGUGGCAUGAGUCUUUCUCACUGGUCCUUGGUCCUGAUGACCCUGUUGAAGCUAUGCUUGGAGAGAUCAGCAUGGCAACAGUGACCAUUCUAGAUCAAGAAUCUGCAGGAAGUCUCAUCCUUCCAGCUCCACCUGUUGUAGUUUCUCUGUCAGACUAUGACUAUGUCCAGGAGGUCACUAAGGAGGGCAGUAAAAAGUCUCCAUCUCCUGGAUAUCCUUUGAUCUGUGUGACUCCUUGUGACCCACAUUACCCCAAAUACUCAGUUAUGAGAGAGCGCUGUGAGGAGGCGGGCAUCAACCAGACCUCUGUCCACUUCAGCUGGGAGGUUGCAACCCCCACAGACAUCCAUGGAGCUCGAUCACCCUUUGAGACAGUGACGGAUAACACACCUUACACCACAGUCAAUCAUAUGGUCCUGGACAGUAUCUAUUUUAGCAGACGUUUCCAUGUACGCUGUAUUGCCCAGGCCAGAGAUAAAGCCGGGCAACUGGGUACUCCCCUGAGGAGCAACAUUGUUACCAUCGGCACUGAAGGCUCAAUAUGCCAUACCCCUGUUACCACGGGAAAUGCUCGAGGCUUUCAGGCCCAGUCCUUUAUUGCCACUCUGAAAUAUCUGGAUGUGAAACACAAAGAACAUCCAAACAGGAUCCAUAUCUCAGUGCAAAUCCCUCAUCAGGAUGGAAUGCUUCCCUUGGUGUCCACCAUGCUUCUGCACAAUCUGCACUUUCUGCUCUCUGAGUCAAUUUACCGUCAGCAGCAUGUCUGCUCAAACCUGGUCACACUUAAAGACCUGCAGGGUGUCUCUGAAACUGGCUUCCUCGAUGAUGUGCAUUAUGACAGCAUAUCCCUAGGUCCUGGAUAUGAUCGUCCAUACCAAUUCAACCCUAAUGUGCGAGAACCCAAAACCAUCCAGCUGUACAAGCAUCUCAAUCUAAAGAGCUGCAUAUGGACAUUUGAUGCAUAUUAUGACAUGACAGAGCUGAUUGAUGUAUGUGGAGGAUCAGUAACUGCUGACUUUCAGGUCAGAGACUCUGCUCAAUCAUUCCUGACAGUGCAGGUGCCGCUCUAUGUGUCGUACAUCUAUGUCACGGCUCCACGUGGAUGGGCCUCACUGGAACACCACACAGAGAUGGAGUUCUCUUUCUUCUAUGACACAGUCUUAUGGAGAACAGGCAUUCAGACGGACAGUGUGUUGUCAGCUAAAUUACAGAUAAUUCGGAUCUUCAUAAGGGAUGACGGACGGCUGGUGAUUGAGUUCAAAACCCACGCCAAGUUCAGAGGUCAGUUUGUCCCUGAACAUCACACACUCCCUGGACAGAAGUCUCAUCUGAUGGCCCCGAAUCACUUGGGAGGCAUCGUAUUUGACCUGCAGCUGGUUUGGAGUGCACAGUCUUUUGAUUCCCCCUACCAGCUGUGGAGAGCUACAAGCUCCUAUAGCAGGAAAGACUACUCCGGAGAGUACAAAUUCUUCCUCAUUCCCUGCACAGUACAGCCAACCCAGGCAUGGAUCGACUCUGGGGAUAAGCCUCUCUCCUGCACGGCUCAUGCUCCUGAAAUAUUCCUGCUGCCCAUUGCCUUCCAGCAAACCAACCGCCCUGUUCCUGUAGUCUACUCACUGAAUACUGAGUUCCAGCUCUGUAAUAAUGAGAAAGUGUUCCUAAUGGAUCCUGCUGUUGCAGAGAUGUCUGUUGCUGAGAUGGACUAUAAAGGAGCCUUUUCUAUGGGUCAAACACUGUAUGGAAGAGUACUGUGGAAUUCUGACCAGAACCUGAAUUCAGCCUAUAAGCUGCAACUGGAGAAAGUCUACUUGUGUACAGGGCGGGAUGGCUAUGUGCCCUUCUUUGACCCUACAGGCACCCUGUAUAAUGAGGGCCCUCAGUAUGGCUGCAUUCAGUCAAACAAGCACCUCAAACACAGGUUCCUGCUUCUGGACCGGAAGCAGCCUGAUGUUUGUGAUCGCUACUUUCAUGAUGUUCCGUUUGAUGCGAACUUCGCAUAUGACGUUCCUGACCUCCAGUCCAUGUCUGCGAUGCCAGGUGUGGAUGGCUUCACCAUGAAAGUCGAUGCCCUAUAUAAGGUUGAAGCAGGGCAUCAGUGGUACCUUCAGGUGAUCUAUGUCAUUGGACCUGAGUCAAUAUCAGCUCCUAGGAUUCAACGCUCCAUCACCUACGAGCUUAAGCGGAGUCGCCGAGAUCUUGUGGAUCGUUCAAGUCGUCUAACGCUGGAUGAAUCUCUAAUCUAUGACAAUGAGGGUGACCAGGUGAAGAAUGGCACCAACAUGAAGACCUUGAAACUUGAGGUGGAACCAUCAGGCACAUUCAAUCCCCAGAUGGGAGGAUCCAUUGGGGGUGGUGUGGCUGCCAUUGUCCUCCUUCUCUUGGCCCCUCUAGCUUUCUGCCUUGUGCUUAGGAAGUGCCUCAGGGUUGUGAAAAAGAGACCUCCAAAGGCAGUGGAGGAAUAUCCUCUAAAUACCAAGGUAGAAGUUUGCAUAGAGCAUCUGGAGAAAAACCUCAACAGCAAGCACUGCUCAGUGAGGAACGUCAACGUCCUCAACAAGAAUCCUGAUACCUUCAAGGUCAAUGGGGUGAAGGUAAAACAAGUCAAUCUUGAGGUCAAACUCCACAACAACCUAAAUGAUGGCACUGAAGUCUGACCUUCUCCUUUUAUCAACUAGAGUAUUUAAUGAGGUGGAGAAAACAAUUCAAAAGAAAAAACAUUUUCUAUUAAUAUUUGUAAGGAUGAGAUAUAAAGUUGUUAAUGUAUUUUUGUAUGACCAUGAGGGAAAAAUGGAAAUUAUGCUUGCCAGCUAUGCAGUGUAAAUCAUUUCACAACUGAGCUACCUCUAAAAGAAAAAAAUGACACAUAACAGUCAUCAAAUCUGAUGUUCCCAUUCUGUGAGUUUCAGUUUCAAAUCAUUGUUCUCUAUGAGUAUAUUUAUACAGCUCAGUGGUAGCUCAGUCACUUUAUUUUAAUCUAUAUGAAUGGAGAGUUUGUAUUUACUGGUAUUUAAUAAUGUCAGUAAAAACACAUGAAAGUAUUAAAAGAAGGAUGAGUGCCUAUGCUUUGGACUGGGUGAGUGAUGUAAAUAUGUUUACUAAGUGCAAUUACCUGAUGACAUGGUCAUCCCUUGUUUAAUCCCUGAAUUUUGAUCUGGGUUUUGAUGCUCUGACUCAUUGUAUAAUUUACUUUUCACCUGAUCACCGGUGUGCCCUGCUGAUACUUGUCAAGUGUGAUUUAUUUAAGUCCAAGUCUGAAUAGACUUCCCAAAGUGAUGCAUUUGUUAGUUUGUGUAAACCAUCGGUACAUGCUUUUGACCAUCAGCUAAUGAGAAACCAAGUGUUUUGAUGAGUUGUAUCACUAUAGAUCAGGGGCACAACAACUGAUUUCAAAGCUGGUAUGUGAAACAAAAUUUUGUGCACCAUGUAUCUGUCGAGCGGUUGGGGGUUGGGGUGAUUGCAGCCCCUCUGGUGAGCCGCCAACACCCCCCAUGGUGCCCCUAUGCAUUGCAUACCUUGCAUAUAUAGUUUUUGUGCCUCUGCUAUAGAUCAUAGUUUUGACAUUUUGUUUUUCACAUUACUGCUUUCUGUACUGAUAUAACUAAACACUUCCAAAAAUCUACUCUUUUUUUUUUUUUCCAGUUUGUACAAGAUUGCAAGUUGUUGUUUUUUUACUGUUCUGAUUCAAUUUUGUCAUGAUUAUUUUGUUUUGUAUUAAUAUCACAUAAUGUAAGGAAAAUCUUUUUGAUUUAACUGAUUCUAUAGUUUCUGCUAAUGUUCUGUAACAUUGUUGUAAGUCAAGUCGUUAAAUGUCAUAUGGUGCUGAUCUAAUCAAGAAUACCUAUUGACCUGGACUGGAAAUGCUUUGAUUCUUAUUUCACUGUCAGUAAUUAUUUGAUUCAACCUUCAUUCUUUCUUUCAUUCUCUUUUAUUUUCUUCCUUCUUUCCUCGCUCACUUUGGAUUUCAUUCAGUGUAAUCCAUUACUAAGUGGAGUGCCUAUUGAACAGAGGUUUGGCGAUAACAGUUUUGGUGCUAUCAUUUAUGGUGAAAUAUAAUGCCUGUACUUGUGCCUUUUUAGCAAUAAAAUAAAUGAA